AGCAACUUGUGGAGACAAGUACCUCCUGAAAGAAGGAUGACACAGCUCAGCCUUUCCUGGCUGGGACUGGGGCCGGUUUCAGCUUCCCCUUGGUUGAUUGGGCUUCUGGUUGGGGUUGCUUGGCUCCUGGCCCAAAUUCUGACCUGGACAUAUAAAUUCUAUGAAAAAUCUCGACGCCUUCAAUGUUUUCCUCAGCCUCCCAAACGAAACUGGAUCCUGGGUCAUCUGGGCAUGAUUCCCCCCACAGAACAGGGCUUGAAGGAUGUGGCUAAGCUGGUGGACACCUACUCCCAGGGCUUUAUAAGCUGGAUGGGUCCCAUCAUUCCCCUCAUCACUUUGUGUCACCCUGACCUCGUCCGAGCUGUCCUGAAUGCCUCAGCUGCAAUUACAUCCAAGGACAUGGUCUUCUACCGCUUUCUGAAACCCUGGCUAGGGGAUGGGCUCUUGCUGAGUGCUGGUGACAAGUGGAGCUCCCACCGACGCAUGCUGACACCCGCCUUCCAUUUCAACAUCCUGAAGCCCUAUGUGAAGAUUUUCAACGACAGCACAAAGGUCAUGCAUGCCAAGUGGCAGCGCCUGAUCUCCCAAGGCAAUGCCCGUCUGGACAUGUUUGAACACAUCAGCCUGAUGACCUUGGACAGUCUGCAGAAAUGCGUGUUCAGCUUUGAGAGCAACUGUCAGGACAAGCCCAGCGAGUACAUUGCAGCCAUCUUGGAGCUCAGCGCCCUUGUGUCCAAAAGACAUCAGCAGCUCUUUCUGCACAUGGACUUCCUGUACCACCUCACCUGCGAUGGACAGCGCUUCCGUCGGGCCUGCCGCGUGGUGCAUGACUUCACAGAUGCUGUCAUCCAGGAGCGGCGUCGCACCCUCAGUAAUCAGGGAAUUGAUGACUUCCUCAAGGCCAAGGCCAAGGCCAAAACUUUGGAUUUCAUCGAUGUGCUCCUGAUGAGCAAGGACAAAGAUGGAAAGGAACUGUCAGAUGAGGACAUACGAGCAGAGGCUGACACUUUCAUGUUUGGAGGCCAUGACACCACAGCCAGUGGUCUCUCCUGGGUCCUGUACAACCUGGCGAAGCACCCAGAAUACCAAGAGCGCUGCCGGCAGGAGGUGCGAGAGCUCCUGAGGGGCCGUGAGCCUGAAGAGAUCGAAUGGGACGACCUGGCCCAACUGCCCUUCCUGACUAUGUGCAUCAAGGAGAGUCUGCGGCUGCACCCUCCCGCCACAGUGGUCUCCCGCAGCUGCACCCGGGACAUUGUGCUACCAGAUGGUCGGAUCAUCCCCAAAGGUGUUAUCUGCCUCAUCAGUAUUUUUGGUACCCAUCACAACCCAGCUGUGUGGCCCAACCCUGAGGUCUAUGAUCCCUUCCGCUUUGACUCAGAAAACAGCAAGGACAGGUCACCUCUAGCUUUUAUCCCCUUUUCUGCUGGGCCCAGGAACUGCAUUGGGCAAACCUUUGCCAUGACUGAGAUAAAGGUGGUGCUGGCACUGACUCUGCUGCACUUCCGUCUCCUGCCCGAUGACACGGAACCUCGCAGGAAGCCAGAGCUGAUCUUGCGCGCAGAGGGCGGGCUUUGGCUGCAGUUGGAGCUGCUCAGUGCAGACGCCUAGGAGGAUCUCAGGCCUAAUUUGGAACCCAGCUGACUAUACC